UGAAAAUGUCAUUUAUUAAAAGCUUUUAAAAAAUGAAUGAGAAAAAAAUAAAUCAGUAGAAUUUGGAUUGCCAGCCAUACCACCUCUCAUACUCAAGGCAUUUCAUAAACUUUCUAAAGACACUCACAAGUAGGCUGGCCACAUAGGGAAUAUGCAACAGCAGUUCUACCCUCCGCAGUAUCAUUAUUUUGACCAUUACACCCUCCACCCCCGUCUUAAGAGAGAGCGUGCACUAGUUAUCUCCUUAUGCUUUCAAAUAGUGCUGUAAGAGCUUUCAACUGCCCUUACUGAGUCACUAACAGUAGGCAGAAGGGAUAUUUCUUGUUUAACAUACCAUUUCAAGGCUGACACCUCCUCCUAAGGUGUUUCAAAGCUGCCAGUCACCAUGGUAUCUCUGUGCCAAUUAACUGAUAACUAUUUGUGUGAAUAAAAUUCUUCCUGGAUACUUACUUAUAGCCUCAGACUUAUGCAAAAAGAACAAGCAAUACCACCUCUACCCAAUUUAAGCUAGAGCAGGAAUUUGGCUGGGCAGAACUGAAAUAUAAAUGUGGCAACACACCACUACUCUUUUAGAAAGGUUUCUGGGGUCACUAAUGAUAUUUUAUAUUACUAUUGAUUUGCACUUCUAGUACAGUUCAGUUCCCUCAGAUUAACAGUGAUGGUAACUAAACUACAAUACAAGCAAUCUUAGGACCAAGCAUAGCAAAUAACUCUCCUGAGAGCAUCAGUGUUCUCUCUUGGUUUUUAAUUUUAUUUACUCACAGUGGUGGGUAGUAUUUUGGUUUCACACUUUUAUGAUCAAUAACAUUUUAAAAUAUUUUGGGAAUGGUGUGCAUAUUAGAGCUCCAACAAAACUCUUGGCUCGGAACAUACACACACAGCAAGUUUGGGGAAAGUUCAGCUCUGGAUAGAAAUUUUAACUCACUUCCACUUUUACGGCAUGCUGAUCCAAGACUCCAGAUCCACACCCCGCCCCCGCUGAAAUUCACUGCAAGUUUAAGGCAUAAUCUAGACUUUAUUAAUCAGAGUAACUCUAGUUGCUAUUCAAGUUGCAGUGAAAAAUAAAGAGGGGAGUUGCAUUUAAAAUGUUUAAAAAUCCACAAAGAGGCAAGAAAAACUGUGCACAUGAUUACAAUCUGUCAUGUCCAUUCCACUCAGACCUCAGAGAUUAUGACUGUCAUGUGGAAAAUUCUUCAGAAGUACUGUCUGAAAGCACAAGAAGCAUGAGCAUCUUACUGCAAGAGUCUGAAAAGGCAGUGGCAAAAGGGGAGCUAAGCAGAAACCAUACAGUCGCCACUUUGCAAUGCUCUGGUCUGCACAGCUCCAUACAAGUAAAUCUCCUUUACUCAGAGAAGAUGUACAGUGUUUUCACAAACAAGACAAACGUUAAAUACACCCUCCAAAGCCUGAAAGUCAUCACUGAUCCAGAUGAGAGUGUUUCUACUGCCCACAGGUGUCUCUUAUUAACAGAUCAUAAACAAAGUUUUCAGACUGAAUUUAACCUUACAGGCAAAGUGUUUCUGGUGGGGCUAUCAAAUUGCAUUAUUAAUGCAAAGCUGUCUGAGCCUGAAAUGUUUGCAGAGCAACUGCACGCCACAGAGGUACACCAACAGAACAGCAGCUCAGGCAUAGGUGAAGACAGGCUGCUCAGACUAACACGAAGACAAAGCAUCUAUGUCAAAGCAGUAAUCAUAUGUGUCCUGCUACCCUGUGCAUUAGCCUUCAUUGUGUUUGUUAUAUUUGAAGUUCCCUUCCCAUGUCCAUGCCCUGGCUGGAGCCAGCAAUGCAACUGUAUUCAGAAAUGUAAAAGACAAGGAGAAGAACGCACAGAAAACCCAAAUUCUGUAUCAUCCGAAGGAUCUGUCAUGGUAGGUCACAAAAAGGGAACCACACAAGGAGCUUCAGAACAACCACCUUGGAGCAAAGCGGCCAAGAUCAUUGCCAUUUAUGAGACUUAGUUCUGAAAAACUGCAUGCUACAGGAGAAAGCACAAUUUUCUGUUUUAUCCAAGCACAGUUUUCUGCUUUAUCCAUAAGUCUGCAUUAUUUUUCUCCUCACUUCUUAUCUUUCAGAGAAGCAAGAACAUCAGCAUUUUACACGAUAUAGAGUCAAACAAUUACAGAUUGCAAUGAAAGUGACAUUAGCCUUUUUUAGGGGCCCUUCUUACAGAACUAACCCCUCGGAACACAUCUUGGUGUUGACUCCCUCCAUGAACUACCUGGAAUCAUAUUUUAACUUCAGCAGUAGACCAUGGUCAUUAGAAACAAAGGGAAUAAUGGAAAAACCUACUUGCAGAAGCAAUAAAGUCCCACCAACAUUGCAAAUUCUCCCUCUGUCUUCCUUAGAUUAAUCGUAGUUGGAGGUCACACAGCAACUAACACCUGCUACACUGAAGAUUGUAUCUAGACAGAUUAUACUUAAAUUCAAGACAAUGAUUAUUCAGAAAAGCAUCAAACAGUGGAACCAACUAAAAGUAUAUAUUCCCUGUCCGUUGAGCUUGAGGGCCAAAUUCUGCCCAUACACAUACACAAAUCCCAUCAACUUCAAUGGCUAGUGGAUGUAUUAAUCAAAGGACAGAAUCUGGAUUUCAGCAUCUAUUCCUUGUGCUACAAUUUAGCCUAGCUGAUAAAAGGAGCCUAAAUGCUUGCUUGUUGCCAGCAAUCAAGCGCUCCAUUCAUCAGCAUCUUUGAAGCAUAAGGAAUUUGGGUUAGCAAUAAGGAAGUUCAACUCUGCCCCAUUUUAAGCAUCUGUGCCACUAAUUUUCUUGUGUUCAUCAUUUUGUCCCCCAUAAAUUGGAUCAUACCAUGGUUUAGCAGUUCAAUUAAUUUGGGACCUUCACACUGCAAUGUUGCUUCCAAAUGAGACCAUAGGACAGACAGUUAUUUGUUGUAAAAGGAGCACAGGUUCUGAGGGAGAUAAAUCAAAAGGUAACCUCACAUUUCCACAGCCAGAUUUGUGUGUGCAUAUUCUUGAGCUCUCACUGCAUGGAACUAGACUAUCAACCUCCCUUGAAAACCCUACAGAUCUAUGGAGUACACAAGACCUUCAGGCUAAUGUAACAAAAAAGUGACAUUAAAGUUCCAGAAAUGUAGUCCAGGUUAUGGAUUCGAGGUGCAAAAUCUGUAGAAGUCAGAGAGGAAACU